AUGUCAGGUAGAAGAAGAGCAUAUCCACAGCCACAGUAUGCAGCUGGUGCUCCGGGAGGUGCUGCAGUCCCACCUACUUUUGGUCAACCCCCACAACCCCAAAUCCAACAACCAAUCAACGGACAACAACAACAACAACCAUACGGCGCUGAUCAGUUGCAAAAUCAAUUCCAACAAUUGAAUGUUGGUUCCACUGCUCCCGGUUACCAACAACCAGGAGCUGAUCAAUUUCAAGCUACUCCACAACUUAGCUACGAUCCAUACCAACCUCAACCUCAAGCUGGUGUUUAUGGACAAGGUAUGGGGGGUGUUCCACCAGCGGCAGCAACCACGGCGGGUGGUGCAUCAGGUUAUGGCGGUUCAUAUGGACAACCAAACAAUAUUGCUGCUGGUAUACAGUACAAUGCAUUAUACACUACUGAUUUAUCCCGUGAUUUGCCUCCUCCUAUUGCUGAGUUGUCAUUUCAACCCCCACCAAUUACACUACCAGAUACGACCACCUUGAUUCCAGGUUCCAAAACUGCUAACGCUACUCCAGAAUACUUUAGAUCCACAUUAAAUGUUGUUCCUAACAGUGGAUCGCUUUUGAAGAAGUCAAAAUUACCAUUGGCCAUUGUUGUCAAGCCUUAUAAUGCGUUGAAAAUUGAGGACGAAAAUGUUCCUGUAACCUGUGACACGACUAUAAGUAGAUGUCGUCGUUGUCGUGGUUACAUAAAUCCAUUUGUAACAUUAGCAGAGAAUGGAAGGCGUUGGAGGUGUAACUUUUGUAACUUGCUCAAUGAUAUUCCAAGUGCUUUUGACUACGACGAGAUUAGUGGACAAGUGAGAAACAAGUUUGAUAGAGUUGAAUUGAACCAUGCAGUUGUUGAAUUUAUUGCACCAAAGGAAUAUAUGGCUAGAGCUCCGCAACCAAUUGUUUAUGUCUUUAUCAUUGACGUUUCUGUACAUGCAGUUCAAAGUGGAUUAACCGGCACCAUUACCAGAACUAUCCUUGAAAGUUUAGAUCGAAUUCCUAAUGUUAACAAGACCGCUAGGGUUGCAUUCAUUGGAGUUGACUCCAACUUGCAUUACAUCAAAUUCAAUGAAGGUUUGGAAGGGACAGAAGUGUUGGUAGUUGCCGACAUCGACGAACCAUUCUUGCCCUCUCCAAGUGGAUUAUUGGUCAACUUGGAUGAAAAUAGAGAACCCAUUGAAAAGUUGUUGCUCGACUUUCCCUCCUUCUUUGAAAGCACUACAAACCAAGGAUUUGCUCUUGGACCUGCAUUGAAGGCGGGUCACAAGUUGAUCAGCAAUGUUGGUGGUAAAUUGGUAUGUUUUGGUGCUACUUUGCCCAAUGUUGGUGAAGGCAAAUUGAGUUUGAGAGAUGAGGCUAGCGUUGCUGGUAAGGCUAAAGAAGCAAAGGCGUUGUUGACUCCUGCAGAUAGCUUUUACAAGUCUUUUGCAGUAACUUGUAACUCAUCGCAAGUGACUGUUGAUUUGUUUUUGACAUCUGCCGGGUACCAAGAUGUGGCUACUUUGUCUAACUUGCCUAGAUACACCGCGGGUCAAACACACUUUUACCCAGCAUGGACAAGUAACAAGUAUGAAGAUGUUGCCAAAUUGUCAAAAGAAGUGGCUGAUCAUUUAUCUCAAGAUAUUGCAUUGGAGGCAGUGUUGAGAGUCAGAGGAUCUACUGGAAUGAGAAUGUCAUCGUUUUAUGGUAACUUUUUCAACAGAUCUUCAGAUUUGUGUUCUUUCCCAACUUUCCCCAGAGAUCAAUCGUACCUUAUUGAAAUUGCUAUUGAAGAGACUAUAAAUAAGCCAAUUGUUUACUUUCAAGCUGCUGUCUUGCACUCAACUUCAUUCGGUGAAAGAAGAAUCAGAGUUAUGAAUUUAGCCUUGCCAACGUCAUCCAAGUUGGUAGAUGUAUAUGCAUCUGCUGAUCAAUUAGCCAUAACAAAUUAUUUUACUCAUAAAACCAUAGAGAAGGCAUUGUCUUCAUCAUUACCCGAAGCAAGAGACUUUAUCACCUCCAAGGUAGUGGAUAUAUUGAAUAUAUACAGAAAAGAAUUGGUUGCUGGCAAUGUAUCAGGUGCUUCACCAUUACAGAUCUCAACCAACUUAAGAAUGUUGCCAUUAUUAUUGUUGUGCUUGACCAAGAACUUAGCAUUCAGAAGCGAUCGUGUCCCCUCCGAUCACAGAGCUGCUGCUUUGAAUAACUUGGGUUCCUUACCUAUUCCUCAUUUGAUAAAGUCCAUCUAUCCUACUGUAUACUCAUUACACAAUAUGCCAGAUGCAUGUGGUUUGGCUGAUGAAGAAUAUGAUAUCGAUGUCGUAUUGCCCGAGCCAAUCAAUGAUACAAAGACUUCUUGGGAGAACUACGGAUUGUAUUUAAUUGACAAUGGAAGUGAGUUGUUCCUCUGGGUUUCGGGAAACGUUGUGCCCGGUUUAAUUAACGACGUAUUUGGUACUCAAAACUUGUACGACAUUACAACAGGAAAAACUGAGUUGCCAGAAUACACAGUCGAGGAGAGUGAGUUCAACUACAGAGUUCGCCAAAUCAUUGGUAAAAUCAGGGAGCAAAAGGACUCUGUCAUUUGGAAGAAUUUGUACGUUGUUGUUGGCGCAUCAUCGAACGAGCCUAUUGAGAUUUCGCAACAACGUGACCUCAUGGCUUUGAGGAUGUGGGCUUCAAGUUGCUUGGUUGAGGACAAAACCGGUUCUGAGCCAUCAUAUAGAGAUUUCUUGACUUCAUUAAAGACAAAGGUUCAAUAA